AUGUGCCAAUCAGUGCACAGCCACCUCCCUCCGGGACACCCAGCAGUGUUUUCUCCUCCCUGGACCCCUUUGCUUCCCUUAGUAACGCCUCGCCUGCCGCCCCCAAAGUCCGCCCCCUGUUCUCCAGCCCCUACCGCCCCUGACCAGACCCCCCGCAGGUACUCUAACGGCGGCCCCUCCUUGCCCUUUCCCUCCUCCUCCACUUCCGGUUGCUAUGACAACUGCGCUACAACUAGGAGAAUGUCAGUGGGGGCGGAGCCUAUCUGGGGAUGCGACCCCUCGCAGCGGAGGGCGAGCCAACUUGGCUUCGUGGACACCCACUGCCACCUGGACAUGCUGUGGGGCAAGCUGGGCUUCCGGAGGACCUUUGCCCGCUUCCGCAGCCUGCACCAGAGCAGCUUCCCGCCGGAGUUUCAGGACUUCUGCAACCCUCAGAUCAUUGUGCGGGAGGCGCUGUGGGAGGGGCUGCUGGUGGAGGAGCUGGUCUGGGGGGCGUUCGGGUGCCACCCCCACUUCGCCAAGGAGUACUUGGAGGUCCAUGAGCGCAGCAUUCUAAUGGCCAUGCGACACCCUAAAGCAUAGCCUUCGGAAGAGAUCGGCCUGGACUACACCCACAAGAACUCCAUCAACACAUCUAGGCAGAAAGAAAGAGGUACGGUGUUUCAGCGUCAGCUGAAAGUGGCCGUGGCCAUGAACAAACCUCUGGUGAUCCACUGCAGGGACACAGAUGACGACAUGCUGGUGAUCAUGAAGAAGUGUGUGCCCCGGGACUACAAUCACUGUUUCACCAACAGUUACCCAGUGAUCAAGCACUUCCGGAAGGAGUUUCCCAAUAUGCGUGUGGGUUUCACGGUCCUCAUCACCUACCCCAGGGCCCAUGAGGCUUGCGACGCCAUCCGCAAGAUCCCCCUCGACCGCAUCCUACUGGAGACAGACGCACCCUACUUCCUGCCCAGACAGGCACACACACACACACACACACACACACACACUUCCAUGGACUAUGCACCCUGCACGAUCAGCCUAGAACAAAACUUUAGAGAUUUAAGCUUUUUGUGCGUAUGGAAAAUGUACAGUAUGGGAUCUUUUAUU